AUGUAUAUCUUAAGGAACAUCAUCAUUGUGGCCACAGGAGCCUCUCUGGCAAGCGCCCUCGACUUUGUGGAGUAUGGCAACAAAGCAUUUGACGCUAUUAAGCGCAACCUCCCAGACAUUGAUAUUAUCAAGCCUCGUCAAUUAGCUCUAUGUCCUGCUGUCUGGACUCAAGUAGCCACCGAACUUAGCACAACGUUCCUAAAUACCACCGAUCUCCUCUGCAACGACGAUGCUCGGGCAGCCAUCCGAGCUGCAUUCCACGACUGUGCCUCCUGGAACACUUCCGUCACCGGCGGCUGCGACGGCUCUCUCAUUCUUGCCCCAGAAGAACUCACUCGCUCCGAAAAUAAUGGGCUCCAAGACAUCGGCCCCAAACUUCUCGCUCUCACCAAGAAGUACCAAGCCAUCGACUCCUCCGUCACAGCAGCAGACAUGAUCCAGUUCGCCUCCUCGGUUGCAAUCGUCACCUGUCCUCUGGGUCCCAGGGUUCAAACCUUCGUCGGCCGCACCGACUCCAGCACCGCCAAUGUGGAAGGCCUACUUCCCGAUGUCAACGCGCCAUCCGCAGACCUCAUCACGCUCUUCGCAAACAAGGGUAUCGACGCCGCUGAACUCAUCGCUCUCAUCGGUGCCCAUUCUUCCAGCAAGCAAUUCCACGUCGACGAGACCCAAGCCGGUGCUCCCCAGGACGACACACCCGGUGAAUGGGACGUAGACUUCUACGCUGAUACUUCCAGCAAGCCCGCCGGUGUCUUCGUAUUCGCAAGUGAUGCGAGUCUUGCGGCCGACCCCCAGACUAGUGCUACUUUCCAGAGUUUCGUGGGCGCUCAGGCUAAAUGGAAUGGCGCGUUUACCCCGGCGAUGACGAAGUUGAGUCUUUUGGGUAUUGCGGGGGGGAGCACGGGUAUGAUCGAUUGUACGGCAGCUGUGCCGCUUCCGAGGCUGGUGCCGAGAUCUUUGGUACAGAGACAGCCGAUUAUGGAUCGUGCUUGA